AUGGCCUCCACUGACUCCCAAGGCUUCAAGCUUGCGCUAUCCAAGCAUGGUCUGACUGCCGACCAUCUCAAUGAGAUCCAUGAUUUACUCAUGGAGAUUGCCAUUGAUGGCGGCAAGAUCAUGGUAGCUGCUGAACACUCAGUCCUUGCAGUGGCACAGUACAAGAACAACACUUCCGACCUAGUCACCGAGUUCGACAAGCAGAUCGAAGAUACGGUGGAAUCCCGCCUACGAAACGAAUACCCGGCCUUUGGAUUCCUUGGAGAGGAGACAUUUAAGCAUGGUACCAAGCUUGCCGACACCCCUACGUUCGUCUGCGAUCCAAUCGAUGGAACCCUAAACUUCUCCAAGGGCGUGCCCAACUGUGCGAUUUCUCUGGCUUUGACUGUCGAUAAGAAGCCCGUCGUCGGUGUCGUAUACAACCCUUUCCGUGGCGAUCUCUACCACGCGGUCAAAGGCCAGGGCGCCUACCUCAAGAAUACGUUCACCGGAACCGAGAUCAAGCUUCCGAUUCAGGCCGUACCCCCACCAAUGCCAUCUUUGAACUCCUGUCUCGUCGCCAUCGAAUGGGGAAACCAGCGCUCCGGUGAAAACUGGGCCCUCCGGACGUCCGUACACAACAAGCUUCUGACCUCCAAGGUGGAAGGCGGAGCCAUGUGCAAGUCCGUCCGCUCCAACGGUUCCGCUGCUCUCGAUUUCUGUUACGUCGCACAAGGCAUCAUCGAUGUCUUUUGGGAGGGUGGCGUCUGGAUCUGGGAUGUCUGCGCUGGCUGGAUCAUCCUGGAGGAGGCUGGUGGUAUUGUCGCUAGUGCUAACCCUGGCGAUUGGGAUCCAUCUCUUGAGGGCCGUGUGUACUUUGCUGUUCGCCAUGCGAAUCCUGAGGAUCAGAAGGCUGUGGUAGAGGAGCUUUGGGGUAUUAUGGGCGAUCGGAAGUUUGUCUUCUAG